UUUUAAGAAUAUAAUAACUAAUAUUAUAUACCUACAGUAUUUUUAGUAUACUAGAAGAAAUUGUAAUUAAAAUUCAAUUUGACUAUUGAUGUAGUUUAUAAAAAAAAUAACAAUAAUGUUUAAAGAGAGAUUUAAAUAUUACAAGCAUUUAAAUUCUAUAGACAAAUCUGAUACAAUUGAUUUAGACAAAUUAGACGAAUAUAAUAUAGAAUUCGUGAAACCUAAAAAAAUAUUAACCAAAAUCUAUGACAAUGGGCAUUUUAACGGACUUGGUUUAAAUAACGAUUUAUCUAGUUGGAAGUGCUAUGAUAUCACGCAAAUACCAGGUUUAGUGUGUAUUAGAAAUCCAUUCACUGAGGUUGGACAAAAGCUAUGGAUAAAAAGAUGUGUAGCAAACUAUACUAGGAAGCCUAAUGUAUUAAACAUUGAUGCACAUCACCUUUUAGAAGCCGAUGAAGAUUGGUGGACCACAGUGAAUAAAACUGGAGACUUAAAUUUGAGAAAUAAAUUAAGAUGGUCAACACUUGGAUACCAUCAUAACUGGGAUUCAAAGGUAUAUUCUGAGUCUGCAAAAUCUGAGUUUCCUCCAGAGUUGGCUAGAUUAAGUAAAACGAUUAUAAAAGUACUGCAGUUUCCUAAUGACUUUGUUGCUGAAGCAGCAAUUGUAAAUUUUUACCAUCCAUCUUCAAUACUUUGUGGACAUACUGAUCAAUCGGAGUAUAACCUCGAAGCUCCAUUAUUGUCAAUUAGCUUUGGUUUGAGUGCUAUAUUUCUAAUUGGAGGGGCUUCAUUGGAUGAUAAACCAAUAGCAAUACUAUUGAAAACUGGAGAUAUUGUUAUUAUGAGCGAUAAAAGCCGCUUAAGCUAUCACGGAGUACCUAAAGUGUUGUUAUCACAAUAUAAUGAAUACAUAGAUGAUAGCUGUGCUUGGCAACCAUUUAAAUCAUUCAUGGAAUGUACAAGAAUUAAUGUGAAUGUUAGGUUAUUCCAAAUUCUAGCCAAAGCAUGACACUUUUUCAGACUGUUUAUUGAGAAAAUAAAAUGUAUACAAUUAUGGAAAUACGUCAAUGCCAAUAAUAAGACCAACAACUUAACCUACACCAAAAAUUCCAUAAUAUGUUUACUAAACUUAUCACUUACAAUCGGUUACUGAAUGAUAUCAGUUGGGCACAUUUAGACCAUGGCAGCCGUGAACAGCAAUAGUGGUCUCACAUAGCCCAAGUUUGGUGUAAGAAUAGUCUUAAUUCACUCACAAAUCCACAAUGGUCAGAAGAGAGUUCAGUUAAUGAAUAAUUAAUUAGUUAAGAAAGGACUUUUUUAAAAAUGAUAUAGCAUUGGUUGUAUUAGGUACAUCGAAAAAAUACAGAUGAUGGAACACAGAUAAUUUUGUCAUAAAUAAUAUGUAUGAAUUUCUCUCCUUAACUAUGUAUGAAGCCUGAGAAAAAUUAAUCCGCGCAAAGUAGUUUUGAUGGCAAAAAUAUUGUAUUUUAUCCUAUAGAAAUGACUGUGAUAGUCUGACAAAAAAAAUGGCAAUUAACAAA